AUAAGCAGCUUCAUAAAGGAACUCAAUAAAACAAAAUAACAGUACAAAAAGGUAACAACAAUGGCAGGUCAAAAAUUGAUGGCACAGAUUAUGGGACCAACACGCCACUAAAGUUAACAAACAACAUUCAUCAAAAGCUAAUCAGGUAGAACCACCUUCGAAUUGGACAUUCAGGUACUGUACUGCCUAGUUAAUAUUCUAGCAAGUGUGGUAUGAUGACAAUGGAUGCAACAGGCAUAGCUUGGGUUUGUAAUAUAUACCAGAAGUUUGAGAAUAUGUUCCUGGAGUUGCAAGAUACAUUGUUUGAGGAAACUUUUCAAUACAUAGAGAAUCAAAUGGAGAUUGUUGGCGAAAGUGUUAAGAAGUUCUAUUCAGAUGUCAUGCAAGAAAUACUUCCUCAAUCUUCAUUUUCAGCCCCUGUAAUGUCUGUAGAACAAUAUACUGGUGCUGGAUUAACAAAGAAGUCAUUUCAAGCUUCCAGGGAAAUAACUAUUAGGGCUUACACCGAGCAAUCAACUGAGAACUCGAGUGUCAAUCACGAUAUCGGUAAUGAUGCAGUGUAUGCUGAAUCGUGUGGAAAACAAUGUGUUGAGAGCGCAGAAGUUAAAUCAAACCUUAGUAGUGAUGAAAAUCAACAAAAUAUGAAGAUGGUUGCAUCCAACACGACCACUGAAGUCGCUCUAUCAAAAACAGAUACAUGCAUUUCAUCACAAUCAUGUGAAAUCGCCAAUGUGAAUCAAAAUCAUGAAGCUACUGUUUCAAAGACAGAUUAUGCUGAAGUAACAAACUUUGCCUCUGUAGAAGAUUGUUGCAAUGAAAGUGAGAAUGCAAGUACUGAACAAAACUCCAAUGCUAUGGAAUUGGUUGAAUCAACUGAAGAGAACGAGAUAAAUACAAGUUAUUUCUCAAGUGACGCAUUUGAAGAUGCACAUGAGCUCUCUACGAUCGGAGCUAUGCAGCUUGACGAUUGUUCUCAUAGUACAAUCACUGUGUCUCAUCCAGAAUCAAGUAGUUUGGAUAUUGAAAAUUUUGAUGCUGCUAUGGAGAAAGACCACAAAAUCAUUCAUCAAGAUGAUGAGUUGCAGUUUGAUGAAACUUGUGUCAUGAUUACCAAAGAUGAAUAUCAGUCAGUUCCAGAGGCAAUAGUGAAUCUGAAGACUAGCAAGAAAAAGUGGAGGCAACCCUUUUCUUUGUCUAAGAAAUCUGCAAGGAAGCAAGAGUAUGAAGAGCUUGCAUUAUUAACUUUUGUGGAGCAUAAACAAAAAUCAUCGGCUGCAGAUAUCUCAGAAUCCGAGUGGGAACUUCUCUAAAUAUCACAGUGAUUAAGUUGCAGGUAGAGACUAGCGCGCAUAAGUACUCUCAGUGCAUCACCAAUAAUAACCGUUGGAUGUAUUAAAAUCUAACUUGUUUAUUAAAUACUAAUACAUAUCUAAUGGUUAUAAUUAGUGACGCACUGGAACAACUUGUGAAUUUUAGUCUCCACCUAAGUUACACUUAGUCCUUAUGCAGGAGAUUGAGAUACCUUUUUUAUAUUUGGAAAUGCUUUAUCAUGGAUAAGUACCUUGAUUUUUAUAUUAUUUUUUGUCUGCUUUUUUGUUAUUAAAAAUAAAUUAUUUAGAAAUAA